AAAUAAUCGACGUUUAUAACGAUAAACCACUUCUAAGCUGUAUAGAAAAAAUACUAAUUAUCGUGUAUUAGUAACUAUGUUCAUUGUAGACUAUACAGGUGUUCCUGGUACCAAUUACACGACAAACCAUUAGGAUAACAUGGACAAAGAAGAACUUCACAAGAAGACUGAACAGGCAGAUGAAAUUGGGUUGUCGGACUCAAGCGAUAACGUCGUUUGGACGGAAAAUCUAGAGUAUGUACGAUAUUAUGUUAACGAGGGAUUUGUAUGUUCCAAAGAAGAGCUACCCAUCAAAGAAGAAGGACCUACUACCAGUUCAGGAGGAGCUGACAAAGUGUUAGUACAAGAUCCAAUUUUAAGUCCACCUGAUGGAUUUAUCAACGAAGCUUUCGAAGACAGACCACAAACAUUGGAUGACAACACGAUAAAUAAUAACAACAACCUUCAUCCUACCAACGGGACAGUGCCGCAGGCACACGAUGCCGCCUCUGCUAUUUGUCCUAUAUCAGAGAACCAAAUUUCAAAACUGGUCAAAAACGAUAACGGUGAGGUGGCCGUCGACUUGGAGACUAAAGAAAAAAAAUGGAAAGUAAAUUCUGUAGGAUGGGACCGAACGAGAACCGCCAUUUUCCUAGGUCUAUUCCUAGCUUUUGACGCAUGGGCUGCAAUAUUUUAUUGCAUUAAAAACGAUAUUGUUGGCGACAUUUUUAACGAUCAACCCGAUUAGAAUCUUUGAUAUAAACCUAUGUAAAAUUGUAUGAAUUAUGAAUACAAACAUUAUUAUGUUUACAGCAUAUUAUGAUAAUAAUUACAUGAACAGAAUGAAUAAACUAAAGAAAAAUGUA